AUGUCGCAAGGGCUCCUGGCCGCCGGCAGCGUCCUGCAGAGGAGCUUCGCGGCGCCGGGGAACCAGGCGCAGCCGCAGCCCACCCCCCAGAGCCCUGAGGAUGAUGACAGGAAGGUCCGAAGGAGGGAAAAAAACCGAGUUGCUGCUCAGAGAAGCCGGAAGAAGCAGACCCAGAAGGCUGACAAACUCCAUGAGGAGUAUGAGUGCCUGGAGCAAGAAAACACAGUGCUGCGGAGAGAGAUCGGGAAGCUGACGGAGGAGCUGAAGCACUUGAGCGAGGUGCUGAAGGAGCACGAGAAGACGUGCCCGCUGCUGCUCUGCCCCGUGAACUUUGUGCCAGUGCCGCGGCUGGACCCCGUGGCUGGCUGCCUGCCCCGGUGAAGCCCAAAGACGGUCCUCCUCUGCCCAGCAAGGAGCAUUGGUCUUUUUCACACCUGGGAAGAGGCUUCCCUCUGCAUCCAUGUACCGGGGGGGUCCUGUGGCCGGGUCAGCUCUUAGGAGCUCCGGGCUGCGUCCCCAGCAGCCCAGGCUCAGCAUCAUGCUCUCACAGGCCCCUGACUCAGAGCCUUUAGUGGAUCCAGGUGGGGGAGGCCAUCCUCC